AUGAUUUACGAAGUCAAAGUGGAGAAAAAGUCCAUCGACUCUGAGAAUUCCCGUGGAUCUGGUAUCAGCUGUCCAGAUGGAACCGUUCCGAUACGAAGAACCACAAAAGAAGAUCUAAUAAGGCAAAAAUCAUCAGUACGCCCUCAAGAUUACGAUCCUUUUUCCUCUAAGGAUCCGAACACUUACUAUGCAGUUCUGAAGUUAAAAAAGCUUGACCGACCAUAUAUUUUCGCUAAAGGAUCUCUUAAUUGCCAAAAUCCAAAAGCUGAUUCUGGGGAGGCAAGUGGUGCUCAGAUUUGGGUAUACGGCGGAGAUGGCAAUUACAUCAGUGCUGGGUGGAUGGUGAACCUCGAUUUGUACGGAGAUUAUCUCACGCGCUUCACUGCUUUUUGGAAGGAUCAGGAAACGAAGAACUGGUGGUUAGCUACGGGAAAGGACUUGGUACCCAUCGGGCACUGGCCUAAGGAGUUAUUCUCCCAUCUUGGCAAUGGGGCCAGCUACAUUGCCUAUGGAGGCAUCACAAAAGCCGUACCGACUCGUGUCACCCCGCCGAUGGGAUCGGGAAUAGCAGAUAGCAACUUCUAUCACACCGCCUAUUUCCAGCAUAUCCAAUACAAAACCGACCCAAACAUAUUGGAAACACCUCUCUGGUCCCAGACGGAGAUCCAUGUUGAUUGUCCCAAUGUCUAUACAGUGCAACAUCCAUGUAAGAUUAAGCCCAAGGGUCCGAAUUUCGCCUUCAUGUACGGAGGCACCCCAGGAGUUUGUUGA